UCAUUUGCUAUUCUCUGACUUAAUUUUAACCUGAAAAUUAACCAGUUCAAAGUCAUUGCUGAACCUGGCCACCAUGCCUUCUCUUGUUCUCCUCAUUCUCCUAUCAUGUCUUACUCUGCAUGCAUGUGAUGCCCGCCGUCUACGGCUUUCUGAUAAGGCCGGGGAUGGAAAACAAAUUUACCAUUUCAGCAAGUAUGCAGAAAAAUCAAAGGCUUUUGAGACAUCAAGUUUGAGGCCUCCCACCUUAGAGAAGUGCAUAUCACAACAAGAAGAAGUCAAAACUAGUGGACGUAACAGCAUGAAUCAUGUCCAGAGUCGGGGUGGCGUUCACAAGCAGAUCAAUGACCCAAAUGUUCUUUACAAGAAACAAGACCCGACAAAUGGAUCAGCUACUUCAGGAAAUGAGAAUACUAGAGUACCAUCUUUCCAAAAAGAUUUGCAACUGGCGAGAAAUAUAAAGGGAUUGAAGAGGAACGUGCCGUCACUGGAGGGAUCUGUGCAACAUGAUUCUGUAGAAGCAGCAGAUGUUCAGGAAAAUGAGGCUGUGGAAGACAUUGUAGUGAUGGAUUAUGCGCAACCCCAUCGGAAACCACCCAUUCAUAAUGAGAAGCCCUAGACAUAGACAUUUUCCUUUUUGAAUCCAGAUUUCCUAUAAUUUUCUGCCCCAAAUAUCUUUUAUAAUUUGGAAAGAAGGGUAGACAAAUCAUGUUGAUGUCACGGUAUUUUAUGUUGCCAAUUUUAAUGCAGUGAGAUCCACAUUCUGUGUUUAUCUCUCUCCGAAUUGUAAAAGAUAUUUGAACUAAGAAAUUGUAGAAAAUCAGACCUUAUCCUCCGUUUUUAAAGCUUUGUUCACUUAUACUCUCUUUUUAAAAGGAUUAAUGUUUCAACAGUGUUUGUAAUGUAUGAAGUAGACAUUUUCGUCAUAAUUUCAGGUUUUCAAUAAAAAUUCCAAUCCAAAAAAAAGAGCUAAAGUACGGAAAAUGUCGUCUCCCUCUUGACAAGUAUUGAUAAGAGUCAACGAGGAAGAAUAUGAAGAAUUGAUGGAUGAUGGCUCCUUAUAUCGUUUUAUUAUAUGAUUUGUGUUGUUUGUGAUUGUGGAUAUGAAUAAAAAGAUGAAACAUAUAUAUACUAACGUGGAUGCAUGAGUUGCCAUCGUUGUAAGUAUAUGUCGGUUGUUAUUCUUCUUAAAUGAAAGGAGGCUGUUUUUCAUUUCAUAUAAAAACUGGUCGACUUCUCUAAAACUAUAUUUGGUUAGAGGACUGCGAGUCGCCGCAAUCUCCGAACAGCUUCCCAGAAUCAUGGUGCUCGCAACCCCUCCCCUGCUCGGAUUGCCGGCAAUUGGGGCAGGGAAUUGCAAGAGUGAAGAGACCCUAAUCCUGCUAGGAGCUGUGACGAGGAGAUGGCAAAAUGUUUGCAAUAGUACUACAUGUUAACUGACCCCAAUUAUCACUUCGCAAGUCUUGAGAAUGAUCGCAGGAUGUAUUUUCAUAUAAUUCUCAAUUAAUGCUUUUAGAUAAGGGUAACUUCAGUAGCCAUGGAUCUGAUCAUUUUGAAAUGACUCUGAUGUAGUUGAGAUUAAAAGCUUGUAUAUGGCCAGAUGGUAGAACUGGACUUCCAACUUGAUGGUCUUCAAAGGAAGUCACUCUGUUUCAACCUAUUAACUUUGAUAACCUUAAUUGCUAGAUUUUCACUUCCACGGAUAGGACAAAAGACUUAACUGAGAUAAAGAAAUGAGUUCUCCACUCUACAGACCACCUCAAAGAAAAGGAUUUCGAGUAUGACUGCUGCGGCCCAGUGGCAAACAAGAUAUGAAAAAUCAUUUGAAAAAAAGCCUCUGCUAUGAUAUAACAGAUUUUAUUGGUACUCCUUUCUUCACAUUUAAUUGUAAUUCAAACUGCCACCUGCCAAGCGUUUAGGUAUGAAAUAUGGUAAGCUGAUGGUUCCUGGCCCUGCUCCAUUUUAUCAUAGAGCAAUGAAGACUUUGCCCACCCACCAGAUUAAUAUU